AUGGCCACAUCAGGUACAGCAGCCGCAUUAAGUGCAGUGCGCAUCGCAGCAGCAGCUCCGGCGAGUGCCAACCGAGGCUUUUUCUUUGCGGCGUGGCUCCCGAUGAGAAACCUCUCAAGCUUAACGUCUUGCAGUGCAGGAGCAAAGCGCACUCAAGCCAUAGGAGUAGCGACUUGUCUGGGGGCCCCAGGAGCCCCUUGCCCUAUGGGGCCCCUGGCCCCCUGGGGCCCCCUAAGGGCCUCCCGGCGCUUCGCUGCUCGUACCCGGAUCAUCCGUGAAGAGCAGAGGCAGCGUCGGCAGCAGCAGCAACAGCAGCCAGCUCCUUAUGCCGACCCCUCUUUGCAGCAUUCGGAUCCGCAUCAUCCAUGCCAGUAUCAGCAUCAGCACCAACAGCAGCAGCCGACCCUAGGCACUCAACUGUUGUAUGCCGUAGCUUCAGGAGCAGGGGUGUUCCUUGGAUUUACUCUCCUCGCGCGCCUCUUUGGGUGGGGGCCCCGCACGAAGGCAGUCCACGUUGAUGCGUAUGGCAGGCCCGUGGAUCCCGUUACGGGGGCCCCUCUGUAG